AUGUCUUCAAUAAAAUAAAAGAAAAAGCGAAAAACUUGUAUUCAUUUUUUCUCAUUUUAUAUAGACGAUAAUAUUGAGAUAUUUAUAGCUAACUUAUAAAAUAAUAAUAGGAUUAACAUUUCUAAAUAUGUAGGAGAAAGUAAGUAACAGGAUUAAAUUCACCCAUCAGAAUAGUUUUUGAUAGAAACAAUAUCAACUGACGAUACUAUAGUUCCAGUCGCAUAGCUUGAUAAAAUAGCAUAGGAAACAUUUGAUAUUGAGAAAUAUGAAGUCAUUAUUCGCUCGUUAACUCGUAUACUUGAAAAAGAGUUGAAUAGCAACAAAAUCAUCAAACUCCUUAUUAUUAGCGAUUAUUUAUUGAAAAAUGGAUGUUCAGGAUGUAUUGAUGAUCUUCGUGAUCACUUGUAUAUUUUCAAAUAUUUUUAAAAAUACGAAGAAUAAAAAGCAACAGAAAUGCAAGCAAUAAUUUAAAAGAAAGCACUCCACCUUUGCAAACUUCUAGAAGAUAAAUAGCUUUUGCAAAAAGAAAAAAUUAUAUCAUGCUAAAUCAAAAGAUAAUUAGAAGCAAACAAAUCAUAAAUUUAUGGCUUAGGCAACAUAGAAGGUUUAGAUGCUACUGAAUAAUCUAAAUUUAGUAGAUUAAAAAGUUUAAAAUAUUUUGUUUAGCUCAACGAUUUAGUAGAGAAUUACUUUUAUAAAUAUCUUGACAAUAUGAACGAUAAACUAGAUGAUAUGACUGAGACAAUUGGUGUUAAAGUUGAUUAAUAUAUUGGAUAUAUCCAAAAAAAAAUAUAAAGUCAUUCAACUGAUAAAUCUCAAAAUUCUUAAUUUGUUGAUUCUUGCAUGGAUUAUGACAUAGAUGGUGCAAAUGGUGCUCAAAAAAAUUAGUUUGAACCUGCUAUAGGUACAGAUAUAUUGGAGUUUGAAGAUAACCCAGAUGAAGAGACUUUUGCAACAUAAAAUAAAAAGGAAGAAUAAAAAUAGUAGUAGUAAUAAUAAAAGUAAGAGAUUAAAGAAGAAAAAUAGCAUCAAAAGUAAACAGAAUAUGAAAACGAAGAAUUAUAAAUGAUAGACUUAUUAGAAUUAGAAGAUAACACUGAUUCUAAAUUUGGUACAAGCAAUUAAUAUAGUAAAAAUAAAGAUUAUUUGCUAUGA